AGCUAAAGUACUGCAGAGGGCAUGCACGCAUACUUUAUGAAACAAUGAGUUUAUUUACGAUGUGUCGUUUAAUUUCUUUUCAUACAAAUUUACAGCCAUCCCUGAAUUUUUGUGCACAAGCAAGAAAUUAUGCAGUUCCCAGCUUAGGAAAGAAAGGAAAAAUCGGGAAAAAAUCAGGAUCCGCAGUGGAGAAGAAAGUGCUGCCAGUUGAAACUGAUGUUAAUAAACUACUGAAAUACGUUUGUGGAAGUAACAUUUACAAGGAAGGUCAGGACAUGGAGCUUAUGCCUGAUUCAGAAUAUCCAGACUGGCUUUGGACAAUCCGGACAGGACCUGCGCCUCCUCUUGCGGAGCUGGACCCAAAUACAAAGACUUAUUGGAGGCGAGUUCGAAAAAUGGGAAUAAAGAGAUACAACAAACUAUCGUCUUUGAAAAAAUUCUAGUUAUGUCUAAGGCAGUAUAACAACUAUAUUGCAGCUAAGAUCUUAUUAAAAUCAUGUAAUUAAAAA